AUGACCAACUCGUCUACCUAUGCUUCGGAAGAUUUAGAACCUCAGCACUGUUAUGUUGACAAGACACCAUAUGCCCAUGGUUACCAGUCUCGUUACACUGAGGAAAUCAUUAAUGGCGGAAGACAUGGCUCUAGCAGUGCCAGACCAAUCGAUAUGAAGCUUCUGCGCCAUGUCAACUGCGGCUAUCUCUCCACGCACGGCGUAGCCCCUACACUUCUGGCGCUCAAACAGCAUGCCCAAGCUCUAGCUAUCCUUAUAAGUCAGAUAACUCCGACGAGCCAAUACGCUGAGGUCAACAACCAGAUCAACACGAACGGGCGUAUCAAGAAGUCUUUCAGAGAUAACGAAGCCUUCGACUGGCUUAACGACCUCAGUAAGCCGUACGAGAAUGACGACGACUGGCACCAGAAGCCGCUUGUCGACCUCAUGAACAAGGUCAGGCGGCAAUCGGACAACAGAGGCAUAGAGUAUCACUGCCCUUUGCAGAGCUUCGACGAAGAGGAGACAACGGCGUUGAAGCCACGCCCCUACGCAGCACACAGUGCUCUCACCAUGCACGCGAAUGACUGUCUCGAAAUGCUAGACCACGAGUACAGUGCCACAGGAGGCCUCAUGUCUCUGCUACCUACGGACUCCAAGACUGAUUCCGCCGAGAUGGCCGCCGUACGCAACAGCCUCUUGGGCCAGUGGCUCCUCUUCGCCCAACACCUUGUGGCUCGCAUGCAUGAUUUGGAACUCAGCUACGCCAACGCCCUCGAUGUCACCGCCGGCGAGGCCGCCGUGCCGAUGCAGAUGCUCUCCAAGAUCGGCCCGGACGGCAAUUCCGGUCGCGAGAUCGCUUAUCCUCAGGACAAGUGGAUUCUGGCAAACGCUGGCGACGAUGUUUUUGACCACCUACAUCGCAUGUUAGACAGACAAGAGGCGCAGAUCAAAAUCAAGGAGGAGAUUUGGACGGCCAACGGCACGUAUGGCGAGCAUAUGUGGAAAGAACAGCGUGGCGGUGACCUCUACGCCCGUGGUCUCGUCUUCUACGACGUAAAGACACGUUUCUUCCGUCUCCAGGGCAAGGGAAAGAGUACCAUCUUCAUCCUACCUGCGCACGGCGAACACCCGGCCGUCCAACAGACACGUCGCCUCGAAGUUACACCGACGGUGGUCUCGGUGAUCACCCCGACGUGGCCAGCGAGAGUGUCAGACUGGGAGACCAAGUACAAGGGCAAGCUGGACGAGGCGACGAGGAUGGAGAUACAGAACCACGAGAUGGCCAAGGUCAACCACAAAAUGCAAGAACACAACGAGACGCUCGCUACGGAGCUCGAUAGGGCACGGUUCAUGAACGCGCAGUUCGAGGCGUACUAUACGACAUCGGAAGCGAGGGACGGUGCUACGGUGCUGGAGCACAAAGCUGCAAAGCUCGCUGGUGAGCUCCAGGACCAGACCGACAAGCUGAUGAGGCUGGAGGAGCUGGAGGCGAGGCUAGAGAAGAUCAAACCACACCUCCCAGAGAGCUACAAGAGCUUUCUCUUCGCGCCUGCGCCUGGACAGACGGAGCCAACUGGCGCCGUUCCUUUUCGGAGCACUCCUGCCAACAUGGUAAGCAACUAA